GAAGUGGUAUUCUGGAAACGACAGCGCAUUGAUUUUCGUCCCCACAACAAUAAAAGAGAGACAAAAACAACGAUUAAAAGCAAAAAGGCGUCUCGGAAUUUCACUUGGACGUCGAAGGCUUCAAAGAAACCUCGCGGGCAGCCAUGCUGUCGGACGCAGACUAUUCCGGGAAUGCUUCUGGUGCACGGAGAGCCAAGAAGAGGAGCUCCGGGGAGUCACCAGGGGACGGACAGACACUGCGCUCCUCAGGAAGGCAGGUCAACGUCCGGGUGAAGCGCACCAACAACCCUCCACCUGGUCAGAGCAAAAGAAAAGCCACAGACACAGAGGAAGAAGAUGACCAGUCUGAGAAGAAGUACAGAAAAUGUGAGAAGGCCGGGUGUUCUGCCAUGUACCCUGUUUGUUUUGCAAGCGCAUCUGAAAGAUGUGCUAAAAAUGGGUACACGUCGCGGUGGUAUCAUCUGUCAUGUGGGGAGCAUUUUUGCAAUGAGUGUUUUGAUCACUACUACAGAAGUCACAAAGACGGCUAUGAGACCUUUGCUUCGUGGAAGAAAGUGUGGACUAGUAAUGGGAAAAGUGAGCCCAGUCUUAAAGCUUUCAUGGCAGAUCAGCAGCUGCCAUACUGGGUUCAAUGCACCAAACCUGACUGCAGGAAGUGGCGCCAGUUGACCAAGGAGAUCCAGCUCACUGCCUCCUUAGCAGCAACAUACCGCUGUGGGAUGAAGUUCAACAACAUUAAGAGCGAGGAGCCCGAUCAGUGCUCCCAACCAGAGGACUUGAGAGUGGCAGAGGUGACGGACAGCUGGUGGCAUUCAAUGCUCAUUUUGCCGCCAUUGUUUAAAGACAGUCCAGCCAGCCCUUUCCUCACUGCGUACUACCCCGACUGUGUGGGGAUGAGUCCAUCAGGUUCUUCUAGCAACAUGUCUCUGGGCGAGCUGAGGGCGGAUCACUGCAGAGCUGCUCAGCCUCAAAUUCCAGGCUUGUGUCCAUACUUCCAGCCCUUUUACCAGCCAAAUGAGUGCGGAAAGGCUCUGUGUGUGCGGCCUGAUAUGAUGGAGCUAGAUGAGCUUUAUGAGUUUCCAGAGUUUUCCCGUGAUCCCACCAUGUAUCUUGCUCUGCGCAACCUUAUCCUGGCCUCCUGGCACAAGAACUGUAAGGAGGUGCUGACUUCAGAGAAAUGUGCCCAGCACAUCAUUGUUCGAGGGUUGGUGCGUGUGCGUUGCGUGCAGGAGUUGGACCGAGUGCUCCAUUUCAUGACCAGGAAGGGUCUCAUCAACACCGGUGUGCUGGCAGCAAAACAGCCUCUGCUCCCAGAAACAUACUGCUCUAAAAAUGUUAUCAUCAUCGGUGCCGGGGCUUCAGGACUGGCUGCUGCACGCCAGCUGCAAAACUUUGGCACUCAGGUGGUGGUGCUCGAGGCGAGAGACAGAAUAGGUGGUCGGGUGUGGGAUGAUGCCUCUCUGGGUGUCACUGUGGGUCGAGGAGCUCAAAUUGUUAAUGGCUGUGUAAACAACCCCAUUGCCCUGAUGUGUGAACAGUUGGGCAUCAAGAUGCACAAGCUCGGAGAGCGAUGUGACCUCUUUCAGGAGGGAGGGCAGGUCACUGACCCUGCCAUCGACAAGCGCAUGGACUUCCACUUUAAUGCCAUCCUGGAUGUGGUGUCAGAAUGGAGGAAGGACAAGUCGCAGAACCAGGACACACCACUGGGAGAAAAAGUCCAAGAAGUUAAGAAGAACUUUCUCCAGGAGUCUGUGAUGCAAUUCAGUGAGCUGGAGGAGAAGGUGCUUCAGUUUCACCUCAGCAACCUGGAGUUUGCCUGUGGAAGCACAUUAGACCAGGUAUCCGCAAGAUCCUGGGACCACAAUGAAUUUUUUGCCCAAUUCUCAGGAGACCACACUUUGCUUACCAAGGGCUACUCUGUUUUACUCUACAAACUGGCCGAGGGCCUCGACAUCCACACAAAGUGUCCGGUUCAGGCCAUUGAUUACUCAGGUGAUGUGGUCAAAGUUACCUCCUCUGAUGGGUCGCAGUGGACAGCACAGAAGGUCCUUGUUACAGUUCCUUUGACUUUGCUUCAGAGGAACCUGAUUCAAUUCAACCCUCCACUUCCUGAAAGGAAAUUGAAGGCGAUCCACAGUCUGGGAGCGGGUAUAAUAGAAAAGAUCUCGCUUCAGUUCCCGUACAGAUUCUGGGACAAAAAAAUCCAAGGAGCAGACUACUUCGGUCACAUCCCAACAGGUCUUGAAAAGAGAGGCAUGUUCAGUGUCUUCUAUGACCUGGAUCCACAGAGGAAGCAGGCUGUGCUGAUGUCUAUUAUCAGUGGUGACGCUGUUUCUUCUGUGCGGGACAUGGAGGACAAAGAGGUGGUUGAUGAGUGCAUGAGGGUACUGCGGGAACUUUUCAAAGAGCAGGAGGUUCCUGAGCCAGUGAAUUUCUUCAUCACUCAUUGGAGUAAAGACAUCUGGUCCCAGAUGUCCUACAGCUUUGUGAAGACAGGGGGUAGCGGAGAGGCCUACGACAUUCUCGCUGAAGACGUGCAGGGAAAGGUGUUUUUUGCUGGCGAGGCAACCAACAGACACUUUCCUCAGACUGUGACAGGAGCCUACCUCAGUGGCGUCAGAGAGGCCAGCAAGAUGGCCGCUAUGUAACCUGUCACUCCCAGAGCACUCAUAAACACCAGCACGGACUCACGGGUUGCACCGAACAACAGACCAUUAAUAAAGUCGGACUGUGUUGUCUCACUUGCUCCACUUGAAACACUGUUUUGCUGUACUGUAAUGUAUCUGAUCAGCAAAGUGUCGUGAAUGAUUUUUCAGUAGCGGGGUUGAGUGGGCUUCUCUAGGGCCUGACUCUACAUAUCUAACAAGUGCUUUUUAUUUAUAUCAAAAUCCAACACGUAACAUGUUGGUGACAAGAUGCAAAAAAAAAAACAAACUUAUGAGGAAGUCUGCAUAGAACCUAUGCAGCUCUGCCUAACUCUGCUGUGCUGGAAAGCAGGAUGAUAUUUUGUUUUAAUAUUUGUUUUUAGCAAUGCAUGAAACAUUGGCAAAUCUGAGUAAUUUGAUCAUAAACUUAACUGAAUAUAAUUUAACCUCCAAUCAUCAGGUUUUAAGUGAUUAUAGGAUAUAUGUAACAUGUCUUUGAGAAUUACCAAUGUUUUCUACAACUGUAGUGAUUUGACUCGUUCUAGUUGAAUGGAGGAAAGGAUAUAUACACACACACAUAUAUAAUAGAAGUACCUCUACAGUAGCUCUUUAUUUAAAUCAACAACAACACAAAAAAAAGUCACCUGUGAAAAUUUUAAUGACCCUUUGAGCUAAGGUUGAUCACUAGGUUGUCCCCAUGUUUUCUCAGGGAUGCGAUUAGGACACUUUUCACCCAUCAGACUAAACCUAAUGAGUCAUAGAGUAAAAUGAUGAGACCUGACAGUUUUGAAAGCAGUUUUUGUGAAGAAAAAACACAACUAACCAAAGUACUAAAACUCCACACUGCUCUUGUAUUUAUUCUUGAACAGUUAAUUUCCUGAGGAUUGUUGAGCAGCACAGACUCUUCUCACUUUUUUGAUUAAUAUUGACCGAUGUGUCAAUAGGUUCAUAUCAUUGUCUAGAUCAGCACAUUUACAGUAUGUGAUCAUGUCCUGUUUGUCAUUAUAGUGCUCUAGUAUUUAUCUUGUAUGUGUGUAAUAAACUGAGCUACCAACUGCCACAGUAA